AUGCAUGGAAUCCUUGCUAUUGCCGCAGCCCACAAGGCCUAUCUGGUCCCAGCUAAUCGCAAGACGUAUCUGCCAUUGGCUGACUAUCAUCAAACUCUUGGCUCCGAGGGCUAUCGUCGUUACCUCCAACACUAUAGCAUGACCAAUUGGAUGCCUGUUUUUGGCUUUGCAUCUCUCGUUGUGCUGCAUAUGUUGACGCUGCCCACCCGCAUGAAUAACUGUGCCCUGGAAGACCCCAUCACAAAUCUCAUCGAACUUGCUGGGUUGUUAAGGGGCAUCAAGACAACGUUGGAACCAGCAAUGGGGCGCAUAGUUAAAACAGAAUUCGCUCCUGUCGUCUUCGGGAUCUGGGGUCUUGACUCUGACGAUGAGGCAGAACGCUGCCCCUCUCUCGAGAACUCGUCUCUGCCCACAGAUACUUGGACCGCAUUGCAAAGGCUUCGAGCCUUCCAAGAAGCCGAUAUUCCUACUAGCGGCUUGCAACCUUAUACAUCAGCUGUAGAAGGUCUGGAAACCUCUGCGAGAUUAUUUGCCGCUGCUGGGUUACAUGCAGAGGUCGCAGCGGCACAUUUCUGGCUAUACAUUAUUGAUGACAGUAUACUUAUCGACUUAGCUGCGCAAAGGCCACACGCGCUUCUUCUCUUCGCACAUUACCUUGUGCACUGGGCAGUAUUUGAGAAAGGCUUCUGGUUCACGAGGGGUUGGUCUCGACAGGUGAUGGCCAAGUUAGAAGAGGGUUUAAGCGGCAGGCCGAAUUUCUUAGAAAUGAUGCAGUGGCCCAAACAGAUGGUCGCUGAAGCUGUUGUAUAG